AUGACUCUAUCUAAGAUUCGACCUGUUCAAAACCAAGAUUUAUCAACGACAUCAUGCAUGUCGCCAGAUUUAAACUACGAAGAUGUGACUCUGAUUUGGUUGGAUGAGAAUAUCAAUGAAAAUUUUGAUUGUCUGGAUACAAAAUGUCGUUUAAGUACAAUUGUUAACUAUUUUAAAGUAUUCGACAAUGUUCAAGAAACGGUUGAUUAUGUUCAAUCUGCAUUACAUGAACACUUAUUUCUUAUUGUUUCUGGAUCAUUAGGUGAAACUGUUCUUUCAUGUAUUCACAACGAAUUUCAAUUGAAAUUUAUUUUUGUCUUUUGUAUGAACAAAGAGAAACAUUCAGAAUGGACAUAUAAAUAUGAAAAAAUAUGCGGUAUUUUUAUCGACAAAUAUGAACUUUUUCAUAAUUUGACUGCUAAAGUUCGAAUUUAUGAAAAAAGCUUAUUGACCAUUAGUAUAUUCAAUAGAUCAUAUACAACAGGUGAAGAACAUUCAAUUCGUGAUUACACAAUUGAAGAAAAUGUUAAUUUAAUGUGGCUUGAAGCAUUUAUUAACAUUCUACUUGAUGUUCCACUUGAUAAAAAUGUGGCUAAACAAGAUAUGAUUGCUGAAUGUCGUUUAUACUAUACAAAUAACCCAGCAGAAUUGAAAAAAAUUGAUGAAUUUGAAAAUAAUUAUUGUCCUGAGACUGUCAUUAAUUGGUACACUCGUGAUUCAUUUGUGUAUCGGUUAGUCAAUAAAGCACUGAGGACGCUGAAUAUUGAUAUUAUUUUCAAAUUUCGAUUUUUAAUUAUUGAUCUAUACCAACAAUUAAAACAAUGUCAUAUUGAUUAUAUGAAAUCUUUAUCGACAAUCGAUCCGAAUAAAGUAAUACAUACAGUUUAUCGCUGUCAACAUAUUGGAACUCAUGAACUGGAAAAGUUGAAAGCCAGUAUCGGUAAUAUGAUUUGUCCCAAUUCAUUUUUUUCGACAACAGAAGAUUGUUUAAUGGCACAAUCAUUUGUUGCCGGUUCUUCUAGUUCGGAAUAUGUUUUAUUUCAAAUCGAUAUUCCUGAUUCUUAUUAUCAAAAUGCUGUUGAUACAUCAAACUAUAUAUGUCCAUUUUUGAAAAUAGAAAAUUUAAGUCAAUUUCAAAGUGAAAGUGAAGUUAUAUUUUCACUUGGAGCAUUAUUUCGAAUCGAAUCUGUUGAAAAAUAUAAUAUGUGGUUUGUUUGUUUAAAAUUUGAAGACGGAAAUGAUGAAUUAAUUAAAGAUUUUUAUCAAACAGAUAAAUUAGAAAAUCAAACAUAUGACUGGCAGAGUAGAUGUAGCGUUGAAGACCGAAUUUUGUUAUUAACAGAAAAAUUUCCUCUAUCAUCAAGAAAUAUUAUAAAUAUUUAUAUAAAAUAUGCCGUUUUUGCUGAUGUGGACGGAUUAACAACUGCAAAGACUUUAACUACAUAUAGAAAAGGAUUUGAACUAUUAAUGAAAUGUUUGCCUGAUUAUCACUAUGCACUUACUAUUGCUAUGCAACUGAGUAUUGGUCUUUUAUAUUGUAAUAGAGGGGAACGUUUUUUAGCUAUCCAAUUUGGAGAAGAAGCUCUUCAUGUAGCCGAAACUUAUUUACAAAUUGAUCAUGAAUGUUCUCUUAUUUGCUACAACUAUCUUGCCGUUAUUCAUCAACUAGAAGAUCAGUACACAGAAUCAUUAUCAAUUUAUGAAAAAAUGUUAUCGAUUGCAAAGGAACAUGAUAAUAGUUCAGCUCUACUUGCUAUUUAUUUUGAUAUAAAACGUAUUACAUGUGACUUUGGUGAUUAUGAAUAUGAAAUGGUAUCUUUAAAAAAGAUGGUAGAAUUAGAAAGAAAAUUAGGUUGUGAGAAUUUAGAAAAUAAUUACUAUGAUUUUGGAUCAUAUUAUGAGAGGCAAGAAAAUUUCACGAUCGCAUUAUAUUAUUAUAAAGAACAUUUUCAAUGUCUAUUAAAGAAGCAUGCAUGUUUAAUUGAUUUAUUAAGAAGUUAUUCUCGAAUAGGAAAAAUGUACGAAAAAUACAAUCAUUAUAUAGCAGCUUUACAAAUCUACAUUCGAAUUCUUCUAGCAGAAUCUAUAACAUUAAUGUCGCACGGUUGUUCACCACUUCGAAAGUAUGAAAAAAUGAUUAAAUUAAUUCAGCGUUUAAUUAAAUGUAAAUCUUUGAAAAAAGUAAAAUAUUACUUUCGAUUAUUAAUGACGCAAUCAUUCUCAUCAAUUAUUUUCAUCAAUUUCGUUAAAAAAAUUGAGUUUCUUUUCUAUUUUAAAUUCGAUCAUAUUAAUUCAUUAAAAGCAUCUCUAAAUAUAAUACUUACACAAGCUUUAACAGAAUACAAUAAUCAAAGAAUUUAUGAAAAAACCUUAAAAGACUUACAACGACAAUUUCAACAAGUUAUGGAAGUGAGAUCGUUGUGUUUCGGCAAGACCUAUCAUAAUGCACAAAUAUUAAGAAAAUUACAAUUAACAUUAAAUGAUUAUCAACGACUUCUUCGUUUAACUCAACGAGCUUAUUUUUCAUUCUCCUAUUUUGAUCGUGAUAAACCUCGGCGAAACUAUUCAUCUAUUGACCGAUCUUCAACUGAUAUUGGACGAGUAAUCGAUGCAUUUAUUUGCUCUUCUCAUACAACUCAAUGCCAAGAUAGAACACGUCAGAAGCCUCAUCAUCACCAUCGAUCGAAGUGGACUUAUCAAUAUCGAUUUUGUGGAUGUUUCAAGGAUAAUUCACGUGUACUAUGCAGUCGCUUCACUAGACGAUGGGCAAAAUUUUGUAGAAUUUGA